GCGGUGCUGUGAGGAGAGCGGGGCCGCCCCGGGGUGACUUAAAGCGGGGGUGAGGGAGAGGGAAUCAACCCCGGGCUGUCCUGGAGCUCCCGCCCGCGUUCCCGUGGCGGUGCCCUCGGCAGCAGCCUGCUCAGGCAGGUGGUGAUGGAGCUGUGCGGCGUGGGGCUUCGUAAUUUGUUAUCUGAGAGGGUUCGAAGGGUUCGGGUUGCAAGCUAUGCCAGCCGUAACUUUGUGUCUUGUUUUUGAAGUCGGUAAACAUUCUCACCGUUGUUUUUCCUUCUGGAGCCUGUUACGUCAGAGCAGGGAUUGCCCUGGGAGUGUGCUGGGGUGAAGAAUUGCAUGUUUGUUCCUUGUGUAUUGUUCUGAGUCUUCUCCUGUGCAUCUGCUGGUGUUUGUGUGUUGUAGUGCUUCCAGAAAACUACUGAAGAUGGGAGGUGCAGUGAGUGCAGGAGAAGAUAAUGAUGAAUUAAUUGAUAACCUGAAGGAGGCUCAAUACAUCCGGACAGAGCUGGUAGAACAGGCCUUCCGAGCCAUUGAUCGAGCAGAUUACUACCUGGAGGAAUUCAAAGACAAUGCCUACAAGGACUUGGCAUGGAAACAUGGAAAUAUUCAUCUCUCAGCACCAUGCAUUUACUCUGAGGUGAUGGAAGCUUUGGAUCUGCAGCCAGGGCUGUCAUUUUUGAAUCUGGGCAGUGGCACUGGUUAUCUGAGUUCUAUGGUUGGACUCAUCUUGGGUCCUUUUGGUGUUAACCACGGGGUGGAGCUUCAUUCCGAUGUCAUCGAAUACGCGAAGCAGAAAUUGGACUUCUUCAUUAAAACAAGUGACAGCUUUGACAAAUUUGAGUUUUGUGAGCCAUCGUUUGUGACUGGCAACUGUCUGGAGAUUUCUCCAGACUGUACUCAGUAUGACCGGGUUUACUGUGGGGCUGGAGUGCAGAAGGAACAUGAAGACUACAUGAAGAACCUGUUGAAAGUUGGAGGAAUUCUUGUCAUGCCUCUAGAAGAGAAGUUGACCAAGAUAACUCGUACUGGUCCUUCUGCCUGGGAGACCAAGAAGAUUCUUGCUGUUUCCUUUGCUCCUUUGAUUCAGCCCAACCAGGCAGACUCAGGAAAAUCAAGGCUGGUUCACUUGCCCCCGGUGGCCGUUCGCAGCCUCCAGGACCUGGCUCGUAUCGCCAUCCGAGGAACCAUCAAGAAAAUUAUCCAUCAAGAAACAAUGAGCAGAAGUGGGAACGGGCUGAAGAACCCCCCCAAAUUCAAACGGAGACGCGUGCGUCGCCGCCGCAUGGAGACGAUUGUGUUCUUGGACAAAGAGGUCUUUGCCAGUCGGAUCUCCAACCCCUCGGAUGAUAACAACAACAGUGAGGACAUGGAGGAUGAGAGAGAAGAAGAGGAAGAAGCUAAACCCUCCGAACUAAAGCCAGAUCCCCCUGUAAACUUUUUGAGAGAAAAGGUCUUGAGUCUGCCUUUGCCUGAUCCCUUGAAAUAUUACCUGCUUUAUUACAGGGAAAAGUAAUUCCCUUCUUCUAGGAAGUGGGAAGUAGGCAGAAAAUAAAGCACUACUUAGGGGCUUGACAAAUGUAAACCACUUGCUUGCCUGCUAAUAUGACCACCCAAAGCAGUAGGCUAGCUGGGGAAGGUGGCUGCUGUAUACUUAAACAUUAUAGCUUUUUCUAAGUUGUUUCUUCUCAGUUGUGUGCUAUAGUUUUAUCCUACAGCAGGGAUUCCUUAGGAAGCAAGUUGGUGACAUGCUCAGCUGCUGAUGGAAAGGAGGAUUGAAUUCCCUGAGACAAACUGCACAGAGAGAUUCUAAACAUCUCACAGCUGCUCUGCUGAAUUGCAGUUUUUAAAUACUCUUAAGCAGUUCCCCAAAGACCUUUGCUGCCUGUGCUCUCUCCCACUACACCUGCCACAUGUUUACCCUGGUACCGUGGUGUGUGUUUGAUGGAGGAUGAAGAUUAUUAGUAAAAACUGACCUGGCAAGUCUUGUUUCUUCCAGUAUCUGAAAAAGCACAACUUUCACAGACGUGAAAAUAAUUUUUCACGUGACCCUUUUGGCAUCCAGAUUUUGAAUGAGAAGGAAAGCAUCAGCUCCCCUUUGGUUGGUCUCAGUUUUGCUUAUAAGCUAUAGAUAAUUUUUCAGUAAAAGGGUGAGAAUAUUUUACAGAAUAUUGUUUUUUUUUUAAUGGAAAACACCUAGUGAAUUAGUUUGUUAGAGAUGCAAAGUUGGGGGAUUUCUUGGUGGUUUCAAAAAGCGAGGGAGGUGAGUGAAGGGUUGUACAGUUGCUGAGCUUUGGCAGGGUGCUAGGGUAGUCAGGGCUGUGGCUGUUUGCUCUGGAAAUGUUUACAGAGUCAUUCUGAGUGGGGAAGAGGGCAGAGAUGUGUAGCAGUGAGUUUGUGAAAACUGCUUGUGAAAGCAAAAUCUGGAUUUUGCUGCUGUGUGAGAACUUGUCUGCUGGGCUGGACAGUGAAGUGCAGAGCAGAGUGGGUUGUGGUCCUGGUAGAUCAGCCAAGUGUAGUUUUGUGGAGGGUAUGUAGAACCCAAAAGCAGCCUAGAAAGCCAAAGUGGUGCAGUUCUGAGGUGUUCCUCUGUGUGUGCCCCACUGUAGCUAAGUGGCUAAAAGACAACUCCUGUACACACAGCCCACACACAGGGGAAGGAAGUUGAUCAACUUGGUAGGAUGUGUUAUUCCUGCAACAAUUAAGUAGAUGUUUUAAGAGUCUCAUAUAGAAAGACUUUACACUCUGCAGUUCUGUGGAUGUGAACUCUAAUUUUUUUUAUUCCCAAGUCUUCCUGUAACAGUGAUGGAAGGAGAUACAUUUAGAAGGAGAAGUUUACUUAGUUCAGCUGUUAGAAAAAUCUGCCUAAGCUGGUAAAGGCUGGAAAAAAAACCUUGGGCUUGUGCUGAUGUCCCAUACUCCUAAAUCAGGGGGGUGAAAACCUCUCUCAGCAGGUAAUGAAGCUGUGUUAAGGCAUUGCCCCAUCAGAAGCACUUAGGUUGGGAUUAUUUGCAUAUCUUACUUUUUUAAAGCUGUCUCCUCAUUUUCUGAGGAGGAAUGAAGACUGUCUUGCCAAAAGUAGGCUGGGUUUUCAGUUAGUGGUACUGAGCUGCACAACUUGCUUAAUGAUAAACAGUGUUUUGAAGUUUUAUGCAGCUUUGAAACUAAACAGAUAAUUAUGGUAACAUCUAAGCCUGAGGUGGAAAACUCCUCAUUGCUGAUCAGGCUUUUUGUAUAUCUUUGAGAAUGUUAUGUGAUAACAGUGUGUCAUGUGGCCACUGGCACAUCACACGGUCCCAGGCUGGAUUUUGCCUCUGGUUUCCUAAGUCUCCACUUCUGGUCCAAGUGGUACCCCGAGCUAUCGUGCUUCCUCAAAUUUUGAUUUUAAACUGGGGUAGUUCUGUGGCCACUGAGCUGAUGGUUUCCUGUAAACAUACAAGUGCCCGUCUUGUAAUUCUGGCAACUACAAUGUGUUUCUGUCUACAAAUGAAAAUUCUAAAUAUGGUGGCAAACAGAGGCUGGACAGGAUCUCUGUGGGCUUCCCCAAAGGCUGUCACCUCUGGAUUUGUUGGGCAGUUCUGCUCAAGAGCUGCUACACCAGGAAUGUGCCUUCCUGUGGCACAGUUUCCCUGCCCCUACAUAGUACAGGUUGCCUCCUGUUUUUGGCUACCAGGUCAUCCUUCAGUUUGUUAAUUACCAAACUUCUUUUCAAGAAAUUGCUUAAAAAUUAUAUUAAACUUCAGGUUUGUAUUAGUAAACCUUGCUGAGGGUCUGUCAGAGCUGACCAGUUGAGGGAGAAUUAUCUUUCAGUUACCACUAUUUGGUUUUUACCCCCAGUUGGUGAAGAUAUUUUAUCAGAUUUUUCACCAGAUUUGCCUUUUUUAUUACAUUUACUAGAUUUUUGUAACUUAAGAUGCAUAAAAUACUGCUAUUUUUCCUGGAUAAGGUUAAAUAAAUAAAUAUAUAUACAGGAAAUUUUAUGUUCUAGGUUGUCAGAUUGUCCUCUUAUCAAAAAAACCCCAACCAAACCAAACCCCACAAAUCUAAACAAACCAAUUAUAGAAAUUUUCUGUGUAAUAUAGUUGUGAAAUAGUAUUGCUUAUGGCCUGUAAAUGAAGGGGAAUUGUAAAAAUACCUUUCCCCUGUGCACAAACACUUGCACUGUAGUUUUGUAUGCAUUUCUAGUAGGGUACUUGUAGCAAAACUGGUUUUGUAUAGUCUGUAAGGAGUUUUAUCUGCUCUGUUUCCUUUUGUUUUCUCAGUAGUCCCCACUUGCAUUGUACGUGACUCCUUCUAGGUUCCAGUACUGCAGUAAAUUUGCAAAAUGAAGUGAACUUGGAACUGCUUUAAUCAUUAGUGUGUAUGUUGAAAACCUGUGUAGAAACUAGAGGUAAAUUGACCAGAGGCAUGCAAAGUGUUACACGGUUUAAACUUUAUUAAUAAGUGUUUCUGUAUCAAUAAAUUCAGUAAAGACUUUUUAGCCUUCUUA